CCACUGUGAGGCUUAUUCGGAGGAGCAAUAAAAACGCCAUAAAACUCUCACACUCUUUUUCUUUUCUUUCUAAACCUAAAAGCCCACAGCGGCGUCGCCGGCGAAUCCCUCAAAACUCCGAAUUCAAUUCCGGCAAUGGGCAAAGUCAAGGGGAAGCAUCGUUUGGACAAGUACUAUCGCCUUGCCAAAGAGCAUGGCUAUCGCUCUCGUGCCUCAUGGAAACUUGCUCAGCUCGAUUCCAAAUACAACUUCCUCCGCUCCUCCCAUGCCGUCCUCGAUCUCUGUGCCGCUCCUGGUGGUUGGAUGCAAAUUGCCGUCGAGCGGGUUCCCGUCGGUAGCCUCGUCGUCGGUGUCGAUUUGGUUCCCAUUGCGCCCGUCCGCGGUGCUGUCGCUAUCGAGCAGGAUAUUACCAAGCCGGAGUGUAAGGCCCGGCUCAAGAAGAUUAUGAGUGACAAAGGGUGCGCUGCUUUUGAUUUGAUUUUGCACGAUGGUUCACCCAAUGUUGGCGGGGCUUGGGCGCAGGAGGCUAUGGCUCAGAAUUCCUUGGUUAUAGACUCUGUUAAAUUAGCUACUCAGUUGUUGGCUCCGAAGGGCACAUUUGUUACCAAGGUUUUCAGGUCACAAGAUUACAGUUCUGUCCUAUAUUGUCUCAAGCAGUUAUUUAAUAAGGUUGAGGUUGAUAAACCAGCAGCAAGUCGAUCUACAUCUGCAGAAAUUUAUAUUUUGGGUUUUAGUUAUAAGGCUCCUGCAAAGAUUGAUCCUCAUCUUCUUGAUGUGAAACACCUAUUUCAAGGAUCUGUCGAACCCCAACGGAAGGUGGUGGAUGUACUUAGAGGAACAAAACAAAAGAGACAUCGUGAUGGAUAUGAAGAUGGAGAUAUGACUCUUCGGAAAGUGUCUUCUGCAUCUAAUUUCAUCUGGUCAGAUUCUCCUCUUGAGAUUUUAGGAACUGUGACUUGCAUAACUUUUGAUGAUCCUGCUUGUUUGCCGAUUAAGGAUAAUGAUUUAACAACUGAAGAGGUUAAGGCACUUUGUGAUGAUUUGCGUGUCUUGGGAAAGCAAGAUUUCAAGCAUCUGCUGAAGUGGCGAUUGAACAUAAGGAAGGCCUUAUCUCCCAAUCUAAAGGCUACAUCCACUUUGGUUAAAGAUGCUGAAAAUGAGGUAAAGCAGGAUGAAGAUGAUAAACUACUAAAUGAGAUGGAGGAGCUGACAUAUGCUAUGGAGCGGAAGAAGAAAAGGGCAAAGAAGUUACUUGCAAAAAGGAAAGCUAAGGACAAAGCUAGGAAAGCGAUGGGGGCGCAACUAGAUGUCAUGGAAGAGGGUUAUGUUGAUCAUGAGUUAUUCUCUCUUUCCAACAUCAAGGGUAAGAAUGAUUUAAGAGUUGUUGAUUCAACUGACUAUGAUGAUGGCAAUGAUGAGUUUGGAGAACAUGAAAAUGAUGUGACCAACGAGGAAAACCAUGGGUCUUCAGCUAGUGAUAUUGAUUCUGAUGAAGAGCGCAGAAGGUAUGAUGAACAUAUGGAAGAAUUGUUGGAUCAGGCUUAUGAAAGCUUUAUUUCCAGAAAGGAAGGAACUGCAAAGCAGCGGAAACGUGCAAGAAAAGCCUAUUCUGAUGAUGUCGAGAUGCUUGAGGAGGAUGAGAAUGGAGUCGAUGGUGUUCAAUCUGAUUAUGACUCCGACGAAAAUAUUGUAGAUGCGGAUAGAAAUCCACUGAUGGUAUCUCUUGAUGAUGGUGCGGAGCCAACUCAAGAGGACAUUGCAAACAAGUGGUUCAGUCAGGAUAUUUUUGCUGAAGCAGCAGAGGAGGGAGAUUUGAAGGGGUUGGAUAGCGAAGAUGAUACGCAGGUUGAUGGACCAAAGGAAAGUACUGCUGUCUCCAAAGAAGGCAAGUCAAAUAUUCCAAAGAAUGCAAGAGAGAAGUCCAAAAUUUCAACUGAAUCUAACGAAGCAGACAAUGGAUUUGAGGUAGUCCCUGCCCCGGCUACAGAUUCAAGUGACAGUUCAUCCUCUGAAGAGUCUGACGAUGAAGAUCCUGACACAAAGGCUGAGAUAUUAGCAUGUGCAAAGAAGAUGCUGAGGAAAAAGCAAAGAGAGCAAAUUCUUGACGAUUCUUACAACAAGUACAUGUUUGAUGACACAGGCUUGCCCAAGUGGUUUUUGGAUGAGGAGCGUAGACAUCGUCAACCGAUAAAGCCUGUAACCAAAGAGGAGGUUGCGGCAAUGAGAGCACAAUUCAAAGAAAUCGAUGCUCGCCCUGCUAAAAAGGUAGCUGAAGCUAAAGCACGAAAGAAGCGAGUUGCAAUGAAGAGACUCGAGAAGGUUCGUAAGAAGGCAAACGUCAUCUCAGACCAGGCUGAUAUAUCGGAUCGAUCAAAGAGGAAGAUGAUUGAUCAACUUUACAAAAAAGCUGUACCCCAAAGGCCCAAAAAGGAACUUGUGGUUGCAAAGAAAGGAGUUCAAGUCAGGGUUGGUAAAGGUAAAGUCUUGGUUGAUCGACGUAUGAAGAAGGACGCGAGGAAGCAUGGAAUGAGCAAGCAGGGUAAAGGUUCAAAGAAGGGAAAGAACUCAAAGGCUCCAAGAGCUAAGGGGGGAUUUGCCAAGGACUCAAAGGCACCAAGAGGUAAUGCCGGAUUCGCUAAGGCUUCCGGGAAGAAGGGAAGAAAGGGAAAUAAAUGAUGGAAGAAAAUGUGUGGAAAUGUCCAAACUGGUGAUAUACAGAGAUGAAGCAUUCUGCCAAUUUACUCUCGUGUACAAUUUUGCAGUUCGAUUCAAUUUUGAUAUUUAUUCUUUGUCCAACAAAAGCUAUUAUGUGGAAACACCAUCAAAGUUUAGUAUAGUUUUAACUUAAAAAUAUGCAUUUUGUAGUAUCGGAUGAUUGGGAAGUGACUUUAUGGGACUAGAGAAAGAGAAAUUAUGAUAGUUGCUUUGUAACUUUUAAAUGUU